GGAAUCAUGUCUCUGGAGCAGCGAAUGGCGCUCGCACCACAUAAAGUGACGGGUCACGGAAUCCACCGUAACACCGGCGGUACAUCCGGGUGACGGCGCAGCGCAGACUCCCUCCCCGCUGCAGCUCACUGCGUUUCCGUAGCCAGGCUGCUACCCGCUGAGCCCUGCUGGCUGCUGGGGACCCGCGCACCGACAGCCAUCGAUCCCGACCGAACAACGCCAAAGCCGGACGCGUAAAUGGCGGCUUAACGCUCGCAGCGGAGAGGACCAGGCUCAAUCCGUGUUCGUGACUCGGGUUUUUUUUCCGGGGGAGUGCGCUGGCAACACCCUCCGUUAACAUGUGAGAUGUCCCCAGCAAGAUUUUAACUGUGCGUUACUGCAGCAAACUAGCUAGCGGCUACCCCCCUCCUCCUCCUCUUCUCUAUCACAUUUAUUUAUGGUGACUGGUUCGAUCUGUUUUCUCAACCGUCUCGCGUCCCGACCGGAGGAAAAUGAAGAAGUUCAACAUCAGGAAGGUGCUGGACGGCUUGACAGCCUCGUCCUCCUCCGCCGCUCACUCUGGUGGCUCCCGGGAAAGCGACGCCGUGCAGGAGACUCUCCAGUCGGAUCAUUUCCAGCUUUGCAAGACUGUGCGUCAUGGCUUCCCAUAUCAACCAUCCUCAAUGGCUUUUGACCCCGUGCAGAAAAUCUUGGCCGUCGGGACCCAGAACGGAGCUUUGAGGCUCUUUGGCCGCGCUGGUGUGGAGUGCUACUGUCAGCAUGAGAGUGGUGCUGCUAUCAUCCAGCUCCAGUUCCUGAUCAACGAGGGGGCGCUGGUGAGUGCCUUAGCUGAUGACAGCAUCCACCUGUGGAACCUGAGGCAAAAAAUCCCAGCUAUCCUGCAUUCUCUCAAGUUCAGCAGGGAGAGGAUCACAUACGUCCACCUGCCCUUCCAGAGCAAAUGGCUUUACAUCGGCACAGAAAGAGGAAACAUCCACAUUGUCAACGUGGAGUCCUUCACUCUCUCAGGCUACGUCAUCAUGUGGAACAAAGCCAUCGAACUAUCCACUAAGACACACCCAGGGCCUGUCGUGCACAUCAGCGAUCACCCCAUGGAUGAAGGAAAGCUUCUGAUUGGAUUUGAAUGUGGUGUAGUGGUGUUGUGGGAUUUGAAGUGCAAAAAAGCUGACUACCGCUAUACUUAUGAUGAGGCCAUCCACUCAGUCGCCUGGCACCAUGAGGGAAAACAGUUUGUUUGCAGCCACUCCGAUGGCUCUCUGACCACAUGGAAUGUACGAGCCCCAGCCAAGGCCGCACAGAUCAUCACGCCACAUGGGAAGCAGCCUAAGGAUGGAAAAAAACCAGAACCAUGCAAACCUAUCCUGAAGGUGGAGUACAAAACAACGAGGGCUGGGGAACCAUUCAUGAUCCUGUCUGGAGGUCUGUCUUACGAUACAGUGGGGAGGAGAGCCUGUCUUACUGUGAUGCAUGGAAAGAGCACUACCGUCCUGGAGAUGGACUACCCCAUUGUAGAUUUCCUAACGCUGUGUGAAACUCCUUAUCCAAAUGACUUUCAGGAGCCUUAUGCUGUGGUGGUCCUGCUCGAAAAGGAUUUAGUUUUAAUAGACCUCGGACAGAUUGGGUAUCCAAUAUUUGAAAAUCCAUAUCCUCUGACUAUCCAUGAGUCACCAGUGACCUGCUGUGAGUACUUUGCUGACUGCCCUGCUGAACUUAUCCCUGCACUUUACUCCGUCGGCAGUCGGCAAAAGAGACAAGGUUACAGCAAGAAGGAAUGGCCCAUUAGUGGUGGAAACUGGGGCCAAGGCACACAGAGUUACCCAGAGAUCAUAAUCACAGGACAUGCUGAUGGGACGAUCAAAUUUUGGGAUGCUUCAGCAUUAAUGCUUCAAGUGCUGUACAAGCUGAAGACUGCCAAGGUGUUUGAGAGGGCUCGUGGCAAAGAAGAGAAGCCGAGCACAGAUAUCGUAGACGAGGACCCAUUUGCCAUCCAGACCUUGUCCUGGUGCCCUGAGAGCAGGAUGCUCUGUGUGGCCGGAGUCUCAGCGCACGUUAUCGUCUAUAGGUUCAGCAAGCAAGAAGUCACCACUGAAGUUGUGCAGCUCCUGGAGGUGCGGAUGCAGUGUGACUUUAGCGAUGUGGACUCUCCUGAUCCCGGGGGGGAGCAGACUCCCACCCUACCAACACCAGGAGCUGCGUCCAGCCCUCAGGAGACUGAGCUGCCCACUCAGCCCUCAACAGGCAGCAACUCCUCGGAUGGACACCGGGACAACAUACCCUGUCUGCAGGUGCGGAGCUCCCCGCUGAAGCAGUCUCCAGGCUACCAGGUGGAGCUGGUGAUCCAGCUGGUGUGGGUGAGCGGGGAGCCACCUCAGCAGAUCACCAGCCUGGCUAUCAACUCCUCCAAUGGCCUUGUUGUGUUUGGAAACAGCAACGGUCUGGGUGUGGUGGACUACCUCCAGAAAACUCUGCUCCUCAACAUGGGCACAUCCGAGCUGUACAGCCCAUCUGACCCCUACCAGAGGCAGCCCUGCUCCCCACGCAAAGCUCGGCAGCUCUCUGGAGGAAUUAGCGAGUCCAAUGAAGGAUCCAACACGACAGAGGACCGCUGCAAAUCACCUACUUCAGGAUCUACCUCACCAUGCAAUUCAGAUGAUGAACGAAAGCAGAAGUUCAUUGAGAAGGUGAAGUUCAAAAGCAGACGCUUUUCCAAGACGGUUGCCAAUGACUUUGCCAAGAUGUCUCGGAAAAUUAGCCAGACUAGUGAGCAAAAGCCAGACCUGGAGGAGGGCUUCCAACGAUGGUGCUCUCUCACAUAUAAGAAGAGCAUUAAUUGUAUGAACAAAGGCCAGCCAGCGUCCAGGAUGAGCCAGAAGGCGGACGUAUGUAGAACUAAGUCAGCUCCCGACUCCCACGCCAAGGACAACUCGUUCACCCGCUCGCGUAGUUCAAGUGUAACCAGCAUAGAGAGAGAAUCUCGAGAGGUUAUCUCUGCCUUCCACUUCUGUGAGAGUUUUCCCAGGAAGACGGACAGCCUGCUCAGCCCCUGUCUGCUGGUGGGAACCACCCAGGGCUCUGUGAUGAUGGUGGCCCUCAGCCUGUCGCCCGGAGGGGACAGCAGGCUGCAGCAGCCGGUCGGCAUCUCCUCCUGCGGAACUCUAGUCAAACUGAAAGGAGGCAUUUUGACGAUGGCCCUGCUGGACUCCACUGGAACUCUGCUGCCCCCUUCCUAUGAGCCAUGGUAUGACCCGAACUCCUCAGAUGAAGAGAAAGAGAAAGAGAAGGAGAAGAGCAGGAGGCGCAGGCCAGCCUCCCCUCCCUCGUCACAGGAGGGUCAGGACCAUCAGUUCGCUGUGCUGUGUUCGGAGAAACAGGCCAAGGUGGUGGCCCUGCCCUCUCAGACCCGCAUCCACAAACACAACAUCACAGAGAGCUCCUUCUUGCUAAGGGCUGAUGUUGUGCUGAUGGCCGGAGAGAACUGCAUUGCCUGUUUCUGUGCUAAUGGGCACAUCAUGACUCUGAGUCUACCCAGUCUACGGCCUCUGUUGGAUGUGAACUACCUGCCGCUCACGGACAUGCGGAUAGCCAGAACCUUCUGCUUCUCUAACUUAGGUCAAGCUCUGUACCUCGUCUCCCCCGCCGAGUUCCAGAGGAUCACCUACAGCCAGGACACCUGCAACAACCUGCAGGAAAUGCUCAGUGAGUUAUUUACCCCUGUGGAGACACCAGAGGCUCCAAACAGAGGUUUUUUCAAAGGCCUUUUUGGUGGAGGAGCUCAGUCUCUGGACAGGGAGGACCUCUUUGGUGAAACAGCUUCAGGUAAGGCCUCUCGCAGCCUGGCACAACACAUCCCUGGCCCAGGUGGCAUGGAGGGCAUGAAGGGGGCUGCGUCAGGGGUUGUGGGCGACCUGGCCCGUGCCCGGAUAGCUCUGGACGAGAGAGGGCAGAAGCUGGGCGAGCUUGAUGAGAGAACGGCAGCCAUGAUGGCCAGCGCAGACUCCUUCUCCAAACACGCCCAUGAUAUGAUGCUGAAGUAUAAAGAUAAGAAGUGGUACCAGCUCUGAUGGCAGCGUGUGGAGCAUCGAACUCUGUCAUCACCAGUGUCUCCAUGGAGCUGCAGGUCCCUCUUCUUCUCUUCUCUAUUUCUGUCCACGUGGUGGUGGUGGUGGUGGGGGGGGAUUCUGCUUAACAGACCCAUGCUUUAAUUCUCGGCACAAUAUCAUACACUCUGCAUUACCUCAGUCAGCGGAGGACAGCUGAGGAGCAGACACUGGUGGACCAAGCUUAACGAGAAUGGAGAGGAAAUGGAAGAAGAGAGGCUCUUCGGGAAUCUCUCUUUUCAUUUCAGCGGAGAGUGCUGAUGUUCACAUAGCACCAGUCCGACGAACAGGAGAGAGAGAGAGAGAGAGGACCUUCCAUAUCCACCCAUCAUGCGCUCAUAUAUAGCUCACAUAUAUAUCCAUGCACCCUGCUGUUUUUGUUCUGAAGGAGAAAAGACUAUACUGCAAAACAUGUACUUGUGGUGGCCUGAUUGCGAUCAUUCCCCCCCCCCCCCUUCCUUUGCCCUUUAUGGUGUCUGCUAAACAUAGUGGACUCAAAUGAGGAGAAAAGUCUGAUGACCCCUUGUACUUCAAAAUCUAAUCAAGUCGAUGAAGUUGUACGUUUCUGUAGGAAUGAUUGUAUCAGUGAAGGACUUGUGUUUGUUUGUUUUGUCCCUUUCUAAAUUAUUUUUGUCAGUUUGUGUUUGUCCUAUUUUGUCCAGAAAGGGCCUUUCAAGCACUUAGAGCCGUGAUAAAAAAAAUUGACAGGGAGAUGAUGAAUCUUAUUGCCGCUCACUGAGUUAAGGGCUGGUAGUACGCUAGUUCAUCACCGGCCGUUCCUUUUAAGAGCAUUUUCUAACCAAGUUGUUUUAGGUGAGAGAGAUAAAUUAUGUGUUUUCUGAGAAGUCACUUUGGUUUUAUUUAAAAGAAAUUCAGUUAUUUAUUGGAGCAGUUAAAUAGAUAGGAAUUAAAUGAGUUUGGAUGUUGGGCAUUACAUUUUUUUUUUCCUCCUCUGGUAGUAAAAUGAGCAAAGAAAGUGCUGAAAGUGUUUACCCCCCCCCCCCCCCCGAUUACGAGUUUACAUCAAUCUAUCAGAAAAAGGAGAGUUAUUACACUGAAGAACUCCUGAAGGUCUUUAUAUACUUCUAGCUUUCAUGGGGCUGUUGCUAUGUCACGUAUGAGAAGGAUGAUAAUGUUGAAGGGCAAGACAAAGAUUGUCCUUAAUGUAAUAAGCAUAAAUGUAUAUUUUGGUUACAAUUUUAAGUUUUUUGUGAUAAAGAUUUUAUCUAUA